UUCCGGGGAAAACAGAAGACAUCAGAAAGAGAACAUCGAAGGAGAAAGACGCUAAUAAACCCCCAUUGAACGUGCCGAAGUGUGUGAGCUAUUCAGGGACAAAGGACCUCGAUAGCACGGCAAGCAGUUUGUUCCGGCAGAUGAGCGAGCUAAACCCCCUUGAUGUCUUGGCUCACACCGCUUCUACCGAAGAUGAUCAAGUGAAGAAUAUGGGCCCUAGUUUCCCUGGCCUGCCGACAUCAACUCCAAAACUGGACGGAACAGCUUUCAGGAAAAGAGAGCGGAUGAGGGUGUUACAGGACAUGUUUUCGAACUCUUAUCAACAUUCGACUGAAGAGGAUGAUUAUCAAACUUUUUCAAGAGCGCAUAUUGGAGUUCAGAUAUACCCUGAUGUGAAGUCUAAAGACGUCCAGCAGCCCCCUCACAUCAUAGAGGUAGAGGAGGAAGUGUGGAUGAGUCAGGAGGGAGAGUGUCCUGUAGGGCAGGAGGAGGCUGAUGUCAGCAAGUUUCCACUGACUGUUGUCUCUGUGAAGACUGAAGAGCAUGAAGACAAACCACCUGAGUCCUCACAGCUUCAUCACAGUCCAAGUGUGUUGACGCCAAUAUCUGAGGGGAGUCGACGGCAGCUAUGGACAGCACAAGCUCAGCUUUUCUCCGACGUCCAGCAGGUGUCAGCAGAGAGUCAUGAAGAGAUUCCCUCCAAGCAGCAGGAGUGGAGCUCCAGUGUGGGACAGAAGGAGCUACAGGCCCCCUCCCACAUUAAAGAGGAAGAGGAGGAACUGUGGAAGCAGCUUCAAAGGUUGGUGGAGGAUAAUGAUGAAGAUGAAGCUCAGUCCUUACAGCUUCAUCACAGUCAAAGUGAGGAGAACAGAGGGGCGGAGCUUGUAAGUCAACACAUCACAGAAGCUGAUGGAGAGCAUUGUGAAGAUAUAAAGUCAGAACCAGACAGCAUCUUUGCUCCUCUGUCAGACAUGGACCACAUGAUGUCACACUCUUCUGAUCACAGUGACCACAUCCAACAACCUUUGGAGAGUAAAAAUGACUCCAAAGGUGAUACGAGACAUCACACUAACAACAAACACUUUGACUGCUCUGAAUGUGGGAAAUCAUUUAGACACAAGAGUUAUAUUACAAUACACAUGAGGAUACAUACUGGAGAGAAACCUUUUACUUGCUCUGUUUGUAAGAAGAGUUUCUCCAGAAAGCUUGACAUGACCACACACAUGAGAACACACACUGGAGAGAAACCUUUUACUUGCUCUGUUUGUAAGAAGAGUUUCUCCACAAAGCUUGUCAUGUCCACACACAUGAGAACACAUACUGGAGAGAAACCUGUUACUUGCUCUAUUUGUAAGAAGAGUUUCUCCAGAAAGCAAUACAUGACCAAACACAUGAGAACACACACUGGAGAGAACCCGUUGAGUUGCACUGUGUGUGAUAAAAGGUUCAGGUAUAAGUAUCAGGUCAGUAAACACAAGUGUGUAACAGUCAUGGAAGCUGCAGGGAUUUAAAAACACUUAUAAACAGUGAUUGUGCUAAAUGUACUCUAAUACCACAGCAUGUUUAAAGGGGAACAUUAUUACCAGACCUAUGUAAGCGUCAAUAUAUACCUUGAUGUUGCAGAAGAAAGACCACAUGUUUUUUAACCGAUUUCCGAACUCUAAAAGGGCGAAUUUGGCGAUUUAAACACCUCUCAAUUGUUCGCUGUCGGAGCGAUGACCUUUCACCCGUGACAUCACAAUGGGAAGCAAUCCGCCAUUUCCUCAAACACAUUACACACACAAGUCAAAACAGCUCUGUUAUUUUCCGUUUUUUCGACUGUUUUCCGUACCUUGGAGACAUCAUGAAUCGUCGAUGGGUUGUCUGAGGGUGUAACAACACGAUCAGGGAUGGAUUCAAGUUGGAAUGUGCAUUGAUUAGAACGUCAUGCUAACAUGCUAUUUAGGCUAGCUGUAGGUACAUAUCGCAUCGCUAUGCCUCAUUUACACCUACAUUUGCAUCCAGCCUUUCCCUCCACCCACAUUUAAGGCCAAACAAACACAUACCAAUCGACAGAUUCAAGUUGCACCAUUGUCAAAAGAUGCGAAAGUCCCUUGUUUGUUCUGCACAUUUUACCGCCGAUGCUACGACAGACAUGGCACAGAGAUGUGUGGAUAUCCUGCAACACUCAAAGCAGAUGCAUUUCCAACGAUAAAGUCAACGAAAUCACAACGGUGAGUUUUGUUGAUGUUAUUGACUUAUGUGCUAAUCAGACAUAUUUGUACACGGCAUGACUACCAGCUAAUCGAUGCUAACAUGCUAUUUAGGCUAGUUGUAUGUACAUUUGUAGCUAUAUUUGCAUCCAGCCUUUCCCUCCACCCACAUUUAAUGCAAAACAAACACUUACCAAUCGACAUAUUUAAGUUGCUCCAGUGGUCAAAAGAUGCAAUCUUUGGUUAGAAGGCGAUCGCCGAAUAGCUUCAAUAGCUAUUUGCUCAAUAGCUUCAGUUUCUUCUUGAAUUUCAUUUUUGCUAUCUGCUUCCACACUCCAACCAUCCGUUUCAAUACAUGCGAUAUCUGUUGAAUCGCUUAAAGGGGAACAUUAUCAUCAAACCUAUGUAAGCGUCAAUAUAUACCUUGAAAAAAAGACCAUAUAUUUUCUUAACCGAUUUUCGAACUCUAAAUGGGUGAACUUUGGCGAAUUAAACGCCUUUCUAUUAUUCUUUGUGAUGUCACAUAGGGAGUCAAGCCGCAAUUUUUUCAAACACAUUGCAAACACUGAGUCAUAUCAGCUCAGUUAUUUUCCGUUUUUUCGACUGUUUUCCGUACCUUGGAGACAUUCUGCCUUGUCGGUGUGUUGUCAGAGGGUGUAACAACACGAUCAGGGACGGAUUCAAGUUGAUUUGCGUGGAGUCUGCAUCGAUUAGCACGGCAUGCUAACCGAUGCUAAAAUGCUAUGUAGGCUAGCUGUAUGUACAUUUGUAGCUAUAUUUGCAUCCAGCCUUUCCCUCCACCCACAUUUGAUGCCAAACAAACACAUACCAAUCGACGGAUUUAUGUUGCUCCAGUGUCAAAAGAUGCGAAAGUCCCUCGUUUGGUCUGCACAUUUUACUGGCGAUGCUACGACAGACAUGGCUCAGAGAUGUAUGGAUAUCUUGCGACACUCAAAGCAGAUGCAUUUCCAACGAUAAAGUCAACGAAAUCACAGAGGUGAGUUUUGUUGAUGUUAUUGACUUAUGUGCUAAUCAGACAUAUUUGGUCGCGGCAUGACUGCCAGUUAAUCGAUGCUAACAUGCUAUUUAGGCUAGCUCUAUGUACAUUUGUAGCUAUAUUUGCAUCCAGCCUUUCCCUCCACCCACAUUUAAUGCCAAACAAACACUUACCAAUCGACGGAUUUAAGUUGCUCCAGUGGUCAAAAGAUGCACUCUUUGGUUAGAAGGCAAUCGCCGAAUAGCUUCAAUAGCUAUUCACUCAAAAGCUUCAGUUUCUUCUUCAAUUUCGUUUUCGCUAUCUGCCUCCACACUCCAACCCUCCGUUUCAAUACAUGCGUAAUCUGUUGAAUCGCUUAAGCCGCCGAAAUCCGAAUCUGAAUCCGAGCUAAUGUCGCUAUAUCUUGCUGGUCUGUCCGCCAUGUUUGAUUGUAUUGGCAUCACUAUGUGACAUCACAGGAAAAUGGACGGUGGAUUUACAGAUAGCGAAAAUCAGGCACUUUAAAGCCUUUUUUUGGGAUAUUCCAUGAUUGGUAAAAUUUUGAAAAAAACUUCGAAAAAUAAAAUAAGCCACUGGGAACUGAUUUUUGUUGGUUUUAACUCUUCUGAAAUUGUGAUAAUGUCCCCCUUUAAUAUGAAUGUAUAUUUGAUGUUGUAUGUAGUGCUUCUCAUCUUCUACUGUUAUAUGUUAUCCUGGAGUUACUUUUUAAGUUGUGUGCAUGUAUUGAAUAUCAUGUAUGUAGCUACUAAUUUAUUUGAUUUUCUCAUUGUUAAAGAGAGGACAUCUUUAUUUUCACUUGGGGUUUUUUUUCACACAUUUUCUUCCUAUGUAUUUUUAUUGAUGUUAUUAUCCAAUUAAAAGUAUGAAUGAAUAAAAUAUUUAACAAAAUGUGGACUCUAGUAGAUUAGCAGCAUUGUUACAUCAUGGAUGUUAACUACAGCAAAACAUCAACAAAGAAGAAAAAGGCUGAAGUUAGCAACACAUCACUGAACUUUAGAGCACUCGUGACUGGAGUUGCUUGUUUUUAUUGCUGCAUUUGUACUUAUUUCACCUCACAUCAAUCACUUUCAACUCUAAAGUCUUUUUCAAAUAUAUUGUUGUAUGCUUCUAAGAUUGAUGUUUAUGAUGUGUGUGUAGUCUGUGGAAAGUGUUG